ACAAUGGAAAAAGGAAACCAAACCAGUGUAUCUGAAUUUCUCCUCUUGGGCUUCUCAAGUUGGCCAGAGCAACAGGCUCUCCUCUUUGUACUUUUCCUGUGUCUCUACUUAACAGGGCUGUUUGGAAACUUGCUCAUCUUGCUGGCUAUUGUCUCAGACCGCCGCCUCCACACACCCAUGUAUUUCUUCCUUGCCAAUCUGUCUGUGGUAGACCUCUGCCUGCGCCUCUGCCUGCACCUCUGCCUGCACCUCUGCCUGUGCCUCUGCCUGCCUUCAGCUACUGUCCCCCAGAUCCUGCUGAGCAUCCAAGCCCAGACGCAGACAAUCUCCUAUCCUGGCUGCCUGGCUCUGCUGCAUUUCUGUAUGAUGUUUGCCAACAUGGACAAUUUCCUUCUCACAGUGAUGGCAUAUGACCAUUACAUGGCCAUCUGUCACCCUUUGCAUUACUCCACCAUUAUGAGUCAGCACCUCUGUGCCUCUCUAGUGGCUGUGCCUUGGGUCCUUGCCACUUUGAAUCCCCUCUUGCACACCCUUAUGCUCACCCGUCUGCACUUCUGCUCUAACAACAUCAUCCACCAUUUCUUCUGUGAUAUCAACUCUCUCUUCCCCCUCUCCUGUUCUGACACCAGUCUCAAUCAGUUCAUAGUUCUGGCCACGGUGGGGCUGAUCUUCGUGGUACCUUCAGGGUGUAUCAUGGCAUCCUAUAGUCUCAUCAUCUCUGCUGUGAUGAAAAUCCCUUCUGCCCAAGGAAAACUCAAGGCUUUGUCCACCUGUGGAUCUCACCUUACCUUGGUCAUUCUUUUCUAUGGCGCAAUCACUGGAAUCUAUAUGAGCCCCUCAUCCAACCAUUCACCUGAAAAAGACUCAGCCACAUCAGUGGUCUUCAUGGUCGUAGCCCCUGUGUUGAAUCCCUUCAUAUAUAGUCUAAGGAACAGUGAGCUGAAGGGGGCAUUAAAGAAGGCUGUGGGCCAGACCAAAACCUUCUGCCAGUGA